AUGUUCUUCAGGGGAAGAAUCUGGCUUUGGUUAUCCAUUAGAACAGGUAUCAUUCUAGGAAGUGAGCUAAAUAUCCCAGAGCAACAUGGUAAAAAUAAUUAUCAGCUUAACAGGUUUCACUGCAGCUACGAGGAAGCAGAAAAUUACUGUCGUGUCCAGGGAGGACACCUUGCUUAUGCUUGAAACCUGGGGGUCCGGGAUCUUCUCUGGGACUCUCUGGAAGAAGGGAGUAAGUGCUGGAUUGGGCAAAAUCUAAAGCAGCUGGGAAAACGUCAAGAAAAAAACAACCCAGGUGUCGUGCCCCCCUGGCUCCCAGAGCCCCCCAGCUGCACUUACAUGUCCCAAAACUCCAACUGGAUCUCAUCAAAAGUGGACUUGUGCUCCCCGGGGCAUUCUUUCAUUUGCCAGGCUGCUACUCAUCCUGCAACCUCCUGUCACCACCCUGCUCACGCUGAUCUUGUCCUGGCAGUGACCUCGGCGCCUGCCAGCCAGCAUCUUCCUGGUACCCCAGCACUCACUGGGCCUGUGCCUGAAACACGGUCUGUGCAAGCUCUGGUAGAGGUGACCUCAAGCCCCAGAGAGGAUUCCCAGGUGGAGGUCUUCACCAUUCACCUACGAACAUCACUUCAGGAUGCAUCCGAUCAGAGGGUCGUAGACGAGAUAGCAGGGAACUUGAGCAAACCGAUUCACGGUUUGCAAACUCACAGCAAACUACAGACAGCUUGUGAGAUGAUCCAGAAACGGACAGCCUUUAUCCCAGGAUUUUCUGAGUCAGCUCAGGUAAGUGUCCUCAGUCCCCUUGUUGACCUGAAUGAGCAGUUACCUGAGAAGGCACUUAAGAUCAACAGCAGUCUGAGCUUCGAAAACCCCAUGACCGUCUGCUUCGUUUACUCCCUCGACAGUGUCAUGGAAGCUGGUGAAGCCAGUCUGCAAAGAUCCAAGCAUGACAUUGAGCAGGUAGAAUAUACGCUGGAAAUGGCCUUGCUGGCCCUUGGGAAGAUCCAGGAAGCAUUUCUACAGCAGAACCAGUUUUCUGGGUCUUUAGUGACUUUGACCUCUUCGGUUGCUACUCUGAUGCUGAGCAGCCAAAACAUGUCAACCUGGCCUCUGAGCUCCUACACUCUCUGGUCCUCAGCACCUGUGAGGUUAGGCUUUCCAUCAGCCUCAGCUUUGCAAGAGCUCUUGAACAGACACCCUGGAGUUAAUGUCCAAGUAACAGGACUAGUUUUCAAUCCCUUCAGGGAUUUUGAUGACAAGAACAUUGUUGGAAACAUCAGAAGUGUGUUCCUAAGCUCUAAUCAUAAAUUGUUCCAAGUUGAUGAUUUAAUGGAAGAUAUUGAGAUCAUACUGUGGAGAAAUGUUAGCAUGGAAAUCCAUCCUACCAGCCUCAACGUGAGCUCAGAUCAUUUUAUUGUCAUAGUGAACAUCACUUCCCUGGAGAAAUCCCUGAUCGUGUGCAUACAACCUGAAAGUCUUUUAAUGACACUCUAUCUGGGGUUCCAGUAUCAGCCUAACCACACCCACUUCAACCUGAACAUCACCCUCCCAAAGAAUCAGGUGUGGCAAAAAGAUGAGGAAUAUACAUGGGUGCUGACUCCAGAGAGUCUGCAGUAUGGGACCGGCACCUACCACCUAACAGCCACAUUGAACAAGAGCCAGGAGAGUGCCCAGCAGAUGCCCACCCUGUUCUCGGUGGUGACAGCCGUCACGCAGUGUUAUUUCUGGGACAGCCACAACAGCACGUGGAAGAGUGGUGGAUGCCACGUUGGGCCACAGAGCACAGUUUUGAGGACACAGUGUCUCUGUAACCACCUGGCCUACUUUGGCAGCGACUUCUUCAUUGUGCCCCGGACGGUGAAUAUUAAAGACACGAUCAAGCUGUUCUUUUGCGUGACCAGCAACCCUGUUGGGGUGUCUUUGCUGGCCAGCCUUUUAGAAUUCUAUAUACUCACAUGUGUGUAGGCUUGGAGAAAGGAUGAAGCGGACACACAGAGGGUGAAAGUCACUGUCCUGGCCGAUAAUGACCCCAGCUCUCAGUUUCACUACCUUACUCAGGUCUCUGCUGGCUAUCGAAGAAAGGCCACCACAACAGCUAAGGUGGUUAUCACCCUUUAUGGAUCAGAGGGAUGGAGUGAGCCCCAUCACCUUUGUGACCCCCAAAAGACAGUCUUUGAGCGAGAGGGACUGGACGUCUUCCUCCUCAGCACCCAGUUCCUGGGGGAGCUGCAUGGCCUGCGGCUCUGGCACGACAACUCGGGGGCCAGCCCUUCCUGGUAUGUAAACCAGGUCAUUGUCAGUGACAUGGCAGGUAAAAGGAAAUGGUACUUCGUAUGCAGUUGUUGGCUGGCCAUGGACCUCGGAGAACACGAGCAUGACCGGGUCUUCAUGCCAGUCUCAAAGAAAGAACUCUUUUCCUUUAGACACCUGUUCUCCUCCAUCAUUGUAGAAAAGCUCACCCAGGAUCAUCUGUGGCUCUCAGUGCCACCUCGGCAUCCCUGGAACCAGUUUACGAGAGUCCAGAGGCUUACUUGCUGCAUGACAUUGUUUCUGUGCACCAUGGUCGUCAACCUUAUAUUCUGGAGGAGGAGCAGCAGCACCAGGGCCAAGAGAGAUGAGCAAGGUUGAUGUAAUGCCCUUCUUCUGGUGGGUCCGUUUCCUGUGACCUGGUCCCAACUGAUCAUCAACAUCCAAACUGCUGUCACUCUCUUCCCCGUCAAUCUUGUAAUUGGGCCACCUCUCCCUCUGUUGCAGCCACAGGAGCCCCCGCCUCUCUUUCCUCCCAGCCAAGCCUCCUGCCCCUCAGAUGCUACUUCUGAGCCUCUGUCUCUCACAAAGGUGGCUGAGGAACUAAAGGAAACUGUGGGAUUCCUGCUCAGGAGAAACACAUACCUACUCUCAGAGCGGGAACAAUCUUUAUGGGUGUCUCACAGCAUUGACAAGAUGGCACAGCUUUUAGCCAGCCUCAUCUGUUCUCAGUUGGAGAGUCCUGGCUCUCAUCAGCAGGCAGGACCCCACCAGGCAAAUGUGGUUCCUGAAAGCCAGCAUCACCUCUGCUGUUACCUGCUCGGAGUUCUGCAGUGGCUGCAAUCGCACUUACGUGCCCUGGGUCCCACCCAGGCCGACCAGCCUUGUGACGUCCUUGAUGCCAACCGACUGCAAAAACUCCAGGAGCUCUUGGAAACACAUAUUCUUCCCACAGAGCAGGGGCCCUCCCAGGAGGGCACCAGUUUCCCCAUCCUGAGCCCAGAGGAAGGGAAGAAGCCCAUCGCUCAUGGCCUGCACAGAGGGUUGACUUACAUCUGCUGGCUCUUUCUGGGUGUCACUAGCCUGGCUGCAGCCUUUUCUGCACUUUAUAGCCUGGAACUGACGAAAGAGCAAGCCACCAGCUGGGUUACAUCGGUGAUAUUAUCAGUGCUUCACAACCUCUUCAUCAGCCAGCCAGUCAAGGCGAUCUUCCCCAUGCUGUUCAUCUCCCUGAUGCCAAACCGGAUGCCGCGGCUUACCAAAGAGAAGAAACAACAAACAAGGAGGAUCUUGGCACUCUUGGCAAAAUGUCCACCAGUACCUGGUUCAAGAGAUAAGAACAACCCCCUCUAUGAAGCUCCAGCUAUCAACAGUCCAAUUAAGCGCCCAGAAAGAACCUUGAAAGAGAAGAAGCUUUUCAAGCUGACAGGAGAUAUUUUGGUACAAAUCUUCUUCCUUAUCUUGUUGAUGACUACAGUCUACUCAGCACAGAACUCGAAUGGGUUUUACCUCCAUCAGGCUACCCAGAAGAGUUUCUCCCACCGUUUCUCAGAGAUCAGACUUCUGAAGCAUUUCUACCCGUGGGCCAGUCACACCCUCCUUCCUAACCUUUAUGGGGAUUACAGAGGUAUGGACACAGUCCUAGGCCCCAUGCUUCUUGGAUGCUUCUUGGUGGUUCAUGGUGUGUUCUUCCCCUCGCUGAGGCUGGAACUUCAGGCAUCAAAGAAGGACUUUACUUGGUCUGUCAUCUCACAAGUCAUCUAUUACCUACUAGUCUGUUACGAUGCGUUUGUAUAGGGUCAUCGGCUGAAACAGCAGAGGUGGAGGUUCUUCACUAGGAAAAGAAACAUUGUGGACACAAGCAUAAUCCUCAUUAGCUUUGUCCUCCUGGGUCUUGACAUGAAGCUUACUUCUCUGCAUAAGGAAAACAUGGCACAAUACCACUAUGACCGGGACAGGUUCAUCAGCUUCUAUGAGGCAAUAAAAGUAAACUCAGCAGUCGUUCACCUCAUGGCCUUCCUGGUUCUGUUCGCAACUGUUCAGCUGUGGGACCUGCUGCACCAUAACCCCAGGCUGCAGGUCAUCGGUAGAACACUCAGCAAAGCCUGGGAUGAGGUGGUGGGCUUCUUGCUGGUCAUCCUGAUCCUGCUCACAGGCUAUACCAUUGCUUUUAACCUGCUGUUCGGCUGGAGCGUCUCUCACUACCGGACUUUCUUCAGCUCAGCAGUGACUGUUGGUCUCCUAAUGGGAAUCUCUCAUCAUGAGGAGGUUAUUGAUUUAGACCCAAUCCUGGGAUCCUUUCUGAUUCUCACCAGGGUCUUCUUGAUGGUACUUGUGAUCAUUAACCUUUUUGUUUCCAUCAUUCUCAUGUACUUUGGUAAAGAAAGAAUGUGCCUUAAGGUAGAUGCACUGACAUAUGAUACGGUGCUACAGAAGCUCUCCAGUUUGCUAGGAAUCCAGUGA